CCUACUGUUUUUAUUAUUUAUAUAUAAUUAUAACGGAAAAAACUGAUGUCAUUACAUGUUUUGAAAUAAAUAUCAUGAGACUAUCGCAUGUUUAAUAAUCAUACUAAUAUUACAGUCAUGCACUGAUACUUCGCAGUACAAUAUCGGCGAAAUAUAGGACCACGAAAAAAAUUUCAACGCGAUGCGCUGUGUUUCGUAACCUAUACAGUUUGUUAAAACGUAGCUAUAGUGUCUAUUAAUACGAUAUACAACGUAUGGCGGAUCUAUCAUAACUUAUUAUAGGUUAGAAAUACAUAAAAAAAUCUACAAGUAAUUGUGUAAAAUUACAGUAUAAGUACUGUUUACAAAUUAAACAUUAGACGGUAUUAGUUUCUAACUGUCGAAAAAUGAUACAUAGUCUUUUUAUUAUUAAUUCUGCUGGAGAUGUGUUUAUGGAAAAACAUUGGAAAAGUGCCGUUGCACGAUCGCUAUGCGAUUAUUUUUUUGAUCAACAACGAAGAGUCCUUUCUCUCGAAGAUACACCACCUGUGAUAGCUACGCCUCAUCAUUAUCUUAUUAGCAUAUAUCGGUGUAAUAUGUUUUUUGUAGCAGUAUGCAUGACAGAAGUUCCACCAUUAUUUGUCAUUGAAUUUUUACAUAGAGUAGUUGAUACUUUUGAAGAUUAUUUCAGUGAAUGCACAGAAUCUAUUAUUAAAGAAAAUUAUGUAGUAGUAUAUGAGUUAUUAGAUGAAAUGUUAGAUAAUGGGUUUCCAUUGGCAACAGAAUCCAAUAUUUUGAAAGAAUUGAUUAAACCUCCUAAUAUUUUGCGUACUAUUGCAAAUACUGUUACAGGUAAAUCAAAUGUUAGUGCAACAUUACCAAGCAGUCAGUUAUCUAAUGUUCCAUGGAGAAGAACAGGAGUUAAAUAUACAAAUAAUGAAGCAUAUUUUGAUGUUGUGGAAGAAGUAGAUGCUAUAAUUGAUAAAACUGGAUCAACAGUUUUCGCAGAAAUACAAGGCUAUAUUGACUGUUGUAUAAAAUUAAGUGGUAUGCCAGACUUAACACUUUCCUUUAUAAAUCCAAGAUUAUUUGAUGAUGUCAGUUUUCAUCCUUGUGUUAGAUUUAAACGUUGGGAGUCAGAGAGAAUAUUGUCCUUUAUUCCUCCAGAUGGUAAUUUUCGACUUCUUUCUUACCAUAUAGGAUCACAAAAUAUUGUUGCAAUUCCAAUAUAUGUGAGACAUAAUAUCAGCCUAAAAGAACCUGGUGGAGGUAGAUUAGAUAUAACUGUUGGACCAAAACAAACUAUUGGGAGAACUGUGGAGAAUGUAGUGUUAGAAAUUCCAAUGCCAAAAAUAGUAUUAAAUUGUACAUUAACACCAAAUCAAGGAAAAUAUUCUUUUGAUCCUGUUAGCAAGAUAUUGCUUUGGGACAUUGGAAGGAUAGAUGUUUCUAAAUUACCAAAUUUAAGAGGAUCUAUCACCAUUCAAAAUUCUGCAGUCAUAACUGAAUCCAAUCCUGCUAUUAAUGUACGUUUUACUAUUAAUCAGCUAGCAGUUUCAGGAUUAAAAGUAAAUCGAUUAGAUAUGUAUGGGGAGAAAUAUAAACCUUUCAAAGGUGUUAAAUAUAUUACUAAAGCAGGAAAAUUUCAAAUAAGAAUGUAACAGAAGUAUGUAAAUAUAUAAAUUUGAAGGAUACAUUUUUAAAAGAUUGUGAUAAAUUAUAUACAGGCUUCAACUCUGU